AUGCACUUCGCCAACGCCGUUGUCCUCGCGGCCGCCCUCACCGGCGUGUCUGCCCACCCUUCUGCACACAACCACCAGAAGUUCCACGAGCGCCGCACCGUUGACGCCGUCGAGGAGCGCGACUUGACCUUCUUCAAGAACAUCCUCCCCACUCCGACGCCCUCUUCCACCUCAUCGGCCGUCGUCGCCGCUACCCCCCUCCCUUCCACCGCCGGCGGCGAGUACGUCCCCUUCUGCAGCGGCUCCAAGAGCAAGCGCGCCACCAUCGCCGAGAUCGCCUACGCUGGCAACACCGGUAGCGAGGACGACUGGGGCUGCAACAUGCAGAUCGUCAACGACGCCAGCGUCUCCCUCUACAACUACACCGCCACCUUCACCGCGAGCGACGCCGACUACAUCGGCUCGUGCUUCAACAAGAUUGGCCCCAAGGGCCUGAUCGACGGCUGCUGGUUUGCCGCAAUCACCUUCUCCAUCAAGAAAGGCCAGUCCAAGAACGUCGCCUUCGACAAGAACACCCAGGGCUCUUGCGCCUUCGGCCCCGGCACCACGGUCCCCAAGACCCCCAUUGGCCAGUUCGCCGGCACCUGGCUCGAGUUCGACUGGGCCUCCACUCCCAACGGCGGCAACUCCGGCGCCGACGCCUCCGUCCUCGUGGCCGGCUCCCAGGGUAUGCCCUACUACGGCAUGAAGGUCGCCGCCAACGGCAAGACCUGCUCCUGGCUCAAGUCUGACGGCACCAACGAGGGCGCCUACAUGCCCGGCAUGGAGGCUCUUGAUGGCGUCGGCUGCAAGGGUUACUACACGGCCCACCUGAACGUCACCCUCGGUGACGAUUUCAAUCCCAAUGCUUAA